ACGUGAAGUGAAUGACUUGCAAUGCAAUCCUUAUCUUCUCAUUGUUGACGUGGAUCUCAGCCAGAUUAUAAGAUUUAGUAGAAAAAGGUUAUUACCCAAGUAUAACAACUAGUGAUUCAGAACGUGUCAGCAAGACUGGGAAUUGCUGUUGGUCAUCAUGAAGUUUUCCAAUUUGUAUAGUGUCAGUGUUGGCUGCAAUUUCAUACUAUUUUGUGUUUUAUGUUUCAUAGUUUUUGUACCUGUGAAAUUUCAAGAGGAUGCAUAUCAACCAAACUCACCGUUCAAGGAAAUGCAGUUUCAAAGUAAUUUAGGAACAGAUGAAAAUGAGGAAUCUGAUACUAUAAAAGAAAAACAAGGAGAAAAUCCCAUCCUUCUAUGGUGGACCAAUGGUCUGUUUCCUCAUCAUCCAGGUGAUGAACUUGUUCCGAUUGAUUGUGAAGGCCACCCAUGUUUUUCAACUAAUCGUCGGCGAUAUCUAUCAGAUGAAAGAACACGCGGUAUUAUGUUUUACGGGAGUGAUAUAACUCCUGAUAAGUUACCGUUACCACGAAAAUCAACUCAUGAAUGGGCAUUAUUUCAUGAAGAAUCUCCUAUGAACAAUUACAUCUUGUCAAAGGAACCAUUCAUAUCUCUCUUUAACCACACAGCAACGUUUCGAAGUGAAUCAGAUUACCCCAUAACCACCCAAAACAUUUAUUCCUUAAAAUUUAUUACAAGACGUAAACCAAUCCCUCUUGAUGUUAAAAAUUCUGAGAAGACAAAACGAAAUCUUGCUCCAGUGCUGUAUGCUCAAUCACAUCCUGGUGUUCCAUCUGAUCGAGAUAGUUAUGUAGAGGAAUUAAUGAAAUAUGUAAAAGUUGACUCUUAUGGUUCCUGUCUACACAAUAAAGAUCUACCAGAACACUUAAGAGAUCCUGCAGAAAACUUUGAAAAUCAUGAGUUUCUUGAUUUCAUUUCUGUCUAUAAGUUUCAUCUGGCAUUUGAAAAUGCAGUUUGCAAAGAUUACAUGACAGAAAAACUAAUGCGACCACUACAUGUUGGUUCUGUGCCUAUUUAUUAUGGGUCUCCUUUUGCUCAAGAAUGGAUGCCAAACAACUCAACAGUCAUAAUGGUGAAUGAUUUUAAAAGUCCUAAGGAAUUAGCAGAGUUUAUUAAUUAUCUUGACAAUAAUGAUGACGAAUAUGAAAAAUACAUGCAGUUUAAAAAAACAGGAGGUGUCACAAAUCAAAAACUUGUCGAUUAUAUGAAGAAACGUCCGUGGGGAUCUCAUGAUCAUAACUUUUAUAUCUUUAAUGAAGACAACAAGCCAGAUUACUUUAAUGGAUUUGAGUGUCAUGUAUGUAAAAACAUUCACAAGAGAAUGGAAAAUGAGAAACUAAGACAGCUUGAUACAUCUGUGCCCCAUCUCCCUCCAAAGUUAGCCAAUAACUCGCAUAUGGGAUGUCCAGAACCAUUCUCAUCACUUGGUUUGUCGGAAGAAGAAUUAAAGAAUAGGUGGACAGAAACUGACUGGAUCAGAGUUUAUCGCACCCAAGAAAUGAUGGCUUCUGCUGUCCACGAUAUGAUGGAUGCUAAUGAAACAAACUCGGAACAUUUCAUAAAUUAUCUUAAUAAAUAUUUGAAGAAUAGUGAUGUAAGUUUAUAGCAAUUACUGUAUGGUGUUUUUUAUAAGUUUUUUGAUCUGUUUCUGUAAUUAUAUAUGAUCAAAAUUCUUAUAAAAAGCAUCAUAAUGUAAUGAUAAUAUAAUUGUUCAUUGAAUGUCAUGAACAUUUCUGCAUAUGCACUAUAGAAAUUCCCUACAAGAUUAAUAGGUUAAGAUAUAUUAUCAUGAUAUAGGUGUCCAUUUACAUGUUUUAUUUGACUUCACACUGUUUUUCAGUAAUUGCCAUAUAUACAUCCUUUUCCUGGCAUGUGAAAGGGAGACUGCUUUUGAGUCACAUUCCACAAUAAUAGAUUUUCACUUCUAUGCACAUUUUUUUCCGGAAAUAUGUCGAUUUAUUUUUACUAUGUACAUAUACAUGUACAUUUGUAUGUAUAAAUGUGAUUUAUUUUUAUGCUCCCUUUUUUUAAAGAGAAAAUUCAUGUAAUAUUUUUAGCUAAUUUCUUCAGUAUGUAAUUUUCAUUAGAUAUAAUUUUCAUGUUAUCCAUAAAAUAAACUAUAAUAAAUCAAAGUGAAACCUAACUUUACCAAUGACGAUGCAUUAAUCAUUUAUUUGAGUUACCUGGCCAGAAAUACACUUUUGUAAAUGUUUCCUUAAAAGUUUUAAUUCAUGAGUUCAUGAUGGAAUAGAUAAGGAUAGAUAUAAAAAUAUGAGGAUCUGAUAAAGACCUAAAAUAAGCUGAUUAACAAAUUAUAUAACGCCUACAUAUGUUUAUAAACUGAAUAAAGCACCCACCGAUUUAUCCAUCUUACUGCCUUUAUAACCUACGCUUAUUGUUUAGUCAUUGAAUUUGAUAUGUGUCUGAUGUUUUUUUUAAUUUUUUUUUCAAUCAUUAGGAUUUACAACACAUAAUUUUUGUUACUAAAAAUGCCAAUAUUAGUGAUUGUUGAUGUAAAAGAGAAUAUUUUAGAGGUAUUUUUAAGUUUUGUAACAAAUUACAUCGAAUCAGGUACUGUGAUAAGCCCUAAGGGAUGAACACAUAAAAAACUUAAUUUAAAGGAGGAUUUUGCCUAUUAGCAUUGUUCCUGAACCAAGUUAAAAUGGAUUGGGUCAUUACCUGAUAAUAGACAUUUCCUUAUUGCUGGAUAAAUGAUAAAAUUUAUGGUCAAAGUUCUAGACACAGUGGACUGAUUUUCGCUGCAUUGAAUUUUUUAUCAAUAGUUUCAAUCUUAUCUACUACAUUUAAGUGAUAAAGAAAAAUUUUAACCAAAGUAGGGGAGAUAAUUUUGGAGAUACAUAUAUGUACAUGUAUUUUAAUAAAAAAUUGAUUUAGGGGAGAUAAUUUUGGAGGUAUUGUUAAUAAAAAAAUUGAUGUAGGGGAGAUAAUUUUAGCGAAAAAUGUAAAAAAAAAGAAAAAGAAAAACUGAGUAGGGGAGAUAAUUUUGGAGGUAUUGCUAACAAAAGAAAAAUUGAUGCAGGGGAAACCGAAUUAAAAAUUAAUGAUUUUUCAUUCCAGUACUAAAGCUGUGCCUUACAAUUAAUGACAAAUUUGACAAAUUGAUUAUUCCUACCAUUUUAAUACACACGUAAAUUAUUUGCUUUUUUGUUUUUGUUUUGCUCCAAUGAAUUGAUUUUGGUUUUUGUUUUGGUUUGUUUUGUUUAAAGUUCUGUUAACAGCCAUGGUCCUUUAAGGACCUGCCAGGUUUUGGAGGUGGAGGAAAGCCGGAGUACCCGGAGAAAAACCACUGGCCUACGGUCAGUACCAGACAACUGCCCCACGUAGGUCUUGAACUCGCAACCCAGAGGUGGCGGGUUAGUGAUAAAGUGUCGGGACACCUUAACCACUUGGCCACCAAGGCCCCAUUGCUCAAGUGAAAAGAAUGUCACUUAAGCGAAAAGGGUGUUUCCUGAAGACUAGGAUUAAAAGUUGAAAUGGUGGUGUACCAUAUGACAUAUUUUAUUGUUAGAAAUCUGAUUGCUUGAGUGAUGUUUUUAUGAUAUUACAGUAGGGCCAAUUUCUUGCAUGCUUUUUGUUAGUCAUUCCAAAAUGCAAAUACAUCUUUUAUAAAUCAAUGUAUUUUUUUAUAGUAAAAAUAUUGUAAACUAUGUGGAUGUUUAGACAUUGUAAAUACUUUAUUUACCAUAUUUAUGAUGUAUUAAGCCAAGGGUUCAACACACUUUGAUUUAAAGUAGUGGGUGAACUUAUUGCAGGACAAUGAAAUAGAAUUAAAAAAAAAAGAAUUUAUCAGUUUUACAUAAAGUAUAUGGCUGGGCUUGUUAUUAGACACAGGCUUAUUGCCAUAUGUUAUUUGAUGUAAGAGAGUCAUCUUAUAUGCAGAGGAUGACAUCAAAGGUUCUUUGUUUUUUCCAUCUUCUUGAGUUUCUAGUGAUUAUAACUAAAAAAAAAUCAAUAGGUCUCAACAAUCUUAAUUAGACUUGAAACAGAAUUAAAUGUCUAGCAGGUAACCACCAAGAAUUUCCAUAAUAUUUCCCCAAAACAACAAUUUCUCAGUCUGAUGUGAAAUUGAAAAAUGGCAAUUUAUUCUUUAGGGCAGUGCAAACUAACCGAAACAACAACGGAGUUCAUGUCCUAAUUGAAACAUUUGGAACCUACCGUCAAUAAAAAGUCUGAUGAGUGAUAUUUAAAAAUGUGUAUUCAUAACUUUGAGAAUGUAAUGGAUGUCAUUGGUACCGAUAACAUUGUAUAGCAACAAUAUUAAGAAUCUUUGACCCAUUACCGAUACAAGAGACAGCAGUGAAGAUUUUUGAAUCAGGAUGUUCACGAAACUCUCUGCUGGGGUGUAAUACAUGUAUUCAAAAUUCGUUUUUCAGGCUUUUACUGAGCUAAACAAUGACAAUGCUUUGUCAAAAAAGGACUUGGCAUAAGUUCCCAACUUUGUUGUUCUUUGGUUUCCAAGGGCUUUCGCGACAGUUCACCUGUCUGGAUCAACUUUUCAUUCAAGUAAUUUCUUCUCAAGAACCUAGAGGCCCAGAGACCUGAUAUGGGGCCUAAAUUCAAGGUCACAGGGGUCAAUUAGACUAAAAUGAUUUAACAAGAUCUUCUUAAUAACUAAGAGGACCGGAAACCUGAUAUUGGGCCUGUAGCAUACUGGGGUGAAGGGCCACCUUGGCCUACAUUCAAGGUUACAGGGGUCAAAUAUGCUGAAAUCUUUAAACAACUACUUCUCAAUAACCAAGAGGUCCAGAGGUCUUAGGUUGGGCAUGUCACAUGCUGGGAUGAAGGGAUACCUGAUAUGUGUAAUUAAAUUGCCUUGACAGAAUUGCAGGGGUCAACUUAUUUAAAACUCAUAAAGCUUAGAGUGACAUUUGGUCAGUAAAAUGCUGGGAUGAUUGACUGCCAACUAAUGCAUUGAUAUUCAAAUGAAUGACCUUAAUAUAUUUUUCAAGGUCAUUGAAGUCAAAAGAUGUAUCACCGUAAACCCACUAAUCGGAUUAAUGCCAGAAGUUUGGUACAGGCCUGUGAUAAAUGCAGCUACAACUUCGUUAGCCAAGUGUGUUUAAUACAAUACUCGCUUUUCACCCUUGAUGAAUUUCAAAAAAUGAGAGUAUAUCUAUUGAACACACUAGGCUAGCGAAUUGGAGGUAUAACAUGAAUAGAUGUUGUAUGUACCAAAGUUUCUCUUCGCUUUUGCUUGUGCAAUUUGAUAUAUCAAAAGAAAUCCUGAAUAAAAAUAAUUUAACCUCA